GACAAGGCGCUGAAGUUCACGCGCGGCAAGGACUUCCGCCACGAGAAGACCAAGAAGAAGCGGGGCUCGUACAGUGGAGGCGCAAUAUCUACCGCCGUCUGCUCCUUCAAGUUCGACGAAUAA